AUGCGCCAUGAAACCGGAGAUAUAGCUGAGUUCGGAAAUAAUUUAAUCUACGAGAGAAUGGGCGUUGUACCCCGCUCCUCGAAGAUGUCGGGAUUUGUAAAGGAUUUUAGUAUCUAUACGGAUCCAUAUGGGUUCGCCGACCAUACAUAA